GGUGGUGAACUUUUCUGCUUCCCUCGUGACCAGAAAUCUACAAAUAUGAAACCAACUUCAGCUUCAUCUACAUGCCUCACAGCAGAUCUGUUGUCACUCGGAUUCCUGGCUGUAGACCCGCGGCCUCUCUGGGGUCCAAACUCAACAGACGGAGGAAUGUGGAUCCAGUUCCCUCUGUGGCGGUGAAGGUAGAGGUGGAGGAGGCGAGGAUCUCUGAGCAAAGACCCUCCUCUGCCCCUUCAUCGACGGGUGGGUGCCAUGAACUCCCCCAACAUGCUCCUGUGCAGCCAAAAACAGAAGCAGACACUCUCCCGCUGUCUUCACACAGGCGCAGGAGGAGACAGCUAAAGGUGGAAUAUGACAAGGAUGAAGGCGUUCCACCGGUGAAGACAGAACACUGGGAACCUCCCGACUGGAAGAAACAAUUAGGAUUCAUUCGUGAGAUGAGGAGCGGCCGAGACGCACCCGUAGAUAACAUGGGAGCAGAGAAAUGCUAUGACACAGGAGCUCCUGCACAUGUGAGACGGUUCCAGGUGUUGGUGUCACUCAUGCUAUCCAGUCAGACCAAGGACCAGGUGACAGCAGCAGCUAUGCAGAAGCUCCGAGCACACGGCUGCACUGUGGAAAAUAUUCUCAACACUGAUGAUGAAACACUGGGAAAACUCGUCUACCCUGUCGGCUUCUGGAGGAAUAAAGUGAAGUAUCUGAAGCUAACGUCAGCCAUGCUGCAGAAAGAGUUUGGAGGGGACAUCCCAAAGAGCGUGGAAGGGCUGGUCCGCCUGCCAGGAGUUGGCCCCAAAAUGGCUCACCUGGCUAUGGCCAUCGCCUGGGACCAGGUGUCCGGAAUAGGUGUGGACACACACGUGCAUCGCAUCUCCAAUAGGCUGGGCUGGCUCAAGAAGCCAACCAAAAACCCGGAGGAAACACGCAAGGCCCUGGAGGAGUGGUUACCCAGGGAGCUGUGGAGUGAGAUCAACUGGCUGCUGGUGGGUUUUGGACAGCAGGUUUGUCUACCCGUCAACCCGCUCUGUUCAGUGUGUCUGAACCAGCACAGCUGUCCGUCAGCCCACAAGAACUCUCCUACAAAGAGGCCUAAAGCUAGAUCCCCACGCUCCCCGGACCCAACUUCCUCCCUUAAAAUAAAAACUGAAUCUGGACAGAACUCUGCUGCUAAAGAUGACAGGACAAAGGAGGAGUCACUGCCCACACCUGUUUCCCCCACCAGACAGAGAAGGAGGCUAAAAACUAAGGUUAACUAUUAAUUCAGCCAUCACAUAAGUUUUUGUCUGAGCUGUGAACACAUGUUUGACACAAAGACGCAUAUACAUUGAAAACACACAUAUAAGCUACACAUUAUGAAGAUGGUUAAUUUACAUUUCAUAUUAGAUUAGAUAUUUUUGUACUGUUAGUGCUAAACUUUUUUUUACCAAUUAAAAAAUGUAUGUUCUGAAA